AUGGAACCACUGAAGGACAACAUCUCCUCACAUAAAUACUUUAUCUUCAGUGGUUUCAGUGAGCUUGGAACGCUGAAGUCCUUCAUUUCUAACCCCUUUUUGAUCCUGUUUGUUGUGUCUCUGUUUGCCAACUCCCUGCUGAUCUAUGUGGUUGUCUCACAGAGAAGCCUCCACUCACCGAUGUACAUCCUCAUUGCCUGCAUGGCAUUGGUUGAUAUGAGCCUGCCACUGCUUCUCAUCCCCAACCUAUUGCUGAAUGUGUUGUUCAACUGGAGGGGAAUCUCUCUAAGUGGCUGCCUGGUUCAGAUGUUACUCAUUCACACGUUAGGAGCAUGUCAGUCCGGUCUUCUGUUCUGGAUGGCAUUGGACCGAUACUUUGCCAUCUGCAGGCCCCUUUCCUACCAUGAGCAGUCUUUGCCCAGAUUCCUCAAGUUUGUGAUUCCAGUUCUGAUCAAGGAUGUAAUCAUGGUAUCAGUGGUUGUGAUUCUGGCAGGAUCAUUGUCGUACUGCUUAAAGAAUGCGAUAAAUCACUGUAUCUGUGAGCACAUGGCUUUGGUGGAGCUGGCCUGUGGAAACACUGCCAUCAAUAGUCUCGUUGGGUUAUUAGGAAUCUUCUUGGUCAUUAUGGUGGAUUUCUUCUGCAUCACCACUUCAUACAUAGUCAUAUUCCGCUCUGUGCUACGCUCAGGUCGACUCAACACAAUCUGA